CUGGCCAUGUGACGGCCGACAAAAGCAGGCGAGCCGCAGUCUCCGGUUUUCAGCGUCCGCGGGGAGGCGGCGGUAAACACACGACUGACAACCUGAUCGAAAUAACGCUUGAUUCCGUAAUACACGUGAGUAGGGCGCUAGCGCGUCUGUCGUGACGAAGGUAACGGUCUUUUGAAGUAUUCGAUCGUACGAGGUGGGCAGAGAUAUGAGGAGCUGUUUUUAACAUACAAAAGUAGUGUCGUGAAGUUUCAUUUACCGACCGACGUCUGCUAUAUGUGAUUAGGAACAAACAAACACUGGGCUCUGAAAGCUCCAAUUUUUUAUUGGCUCCUUGCAGUUGUCUGUCCUGAGGUAUCUGACGAUGCACGGGCACUAGGACCGGAGUCUCGUCCGUGGAGCGCUGUGUCGGUAUCGGCCGUCUCACGAGGCUGAGGGCGCGGCCGCAGGAGUGCGCCGGCAUGCCCGAGCAGCUGGAGCUGCAGCAGCUGGUGGAGGCGGACGACGAGGCGGCCGGGCGCGGCGCGGGGGCGGGCGGGCAGACGCCGCCCUCGCCGUCGCCGUCGGCGUCGGCGUCGCAGUCGUCGGGGCCGGGCGCGGCGCGCUGCCCCUACCUGGGGCUGGUGCUGGCCACGCUGUCGUCGCUGCUGUUCUCGCUGUGCAGCGUGAUCGUCAAGUGGCUGGUCGAGGUGCACCCCAUGCAGCUGGCCGCGUGCCGCUUCGCCGGCGUGCUGCUGCCCGCGCUGCCCAUCGUGCUGUGGCGCGCGGAGCCCGUGUUCCCGCGCGGCCGCCGCCUCAUGCUGCUGCUGCGCUCCUUCGUCGGCACCACCGGCCUCAUGCUCAGCUUCUACGCCUUCAGGCACAUGCCGCUGGCGGACGCUUCGGUGGUGGUGUUCAGCGUGCCGGUGUUCGUCGCCAUCUUCGCGCGGCUCUUCCUGAAGGAGCCGUGCGGCCCGUUCCACGCGCUCACGAUCGCGCUCACGCUGGUGGGCGUGGUGCUCAUCACGCGGCCGCCGCUGCUCUUCGGCCACGCAGCCGCGCCGCCGCUGGGCGCCGGAGGGCCCGUUGAGAGCGACGCCUGGGGAGCGGCGGCGGCAUUUGCAGCGACGCUGUUCGGCGCGAACGCGUACGUGCUGCUGCGCGCGCUCAAGGGGCUGCACUUCGCCGUCGUCAUGUGCAACUUCGGCGCCUUCGCACUCGUGCAGACCACGCUGGUCGCUGCCGCGCUCGGCGCCCUCUGCAUGCCCAGGUGUGGCUUCGACAGGUUCCUGGUUGUGGCCCUGGCACUGCUCAGCUUUGGAGGACAGAUCCUGCUCACAAUGUCUCUACAACUGGAGCAGGCUGGCCCUGUAGCCAUUGCUCGCUCAGCAGAUAUUGUUUUUGCUUUCAUAUGGCAGCUCCUUUUCUUCAAAGAAGUGCCAAACAGAUAUAGUGUGAUGGGUGCUGUGCUUGUAACAUGCUCUGUGUUGCUCACUGGCUUACGCCGUUGGGCGCUGGCAUUACCAGAAGCGUCACCUCUGCGACGGCGCCUUGGGCUCCUUGCUAGGUGAGGCGAGUGCAGCUCACAAGCACAAUAGAAGACUGGAUUCGUGAUGGAUGUUAAAACGAGGGCAUCAGUGUAACAUUACACUGAUGGCUGUUGAUGGA